CCACUGCAUAUUCCCGUCCAAUCAAUAUGGGCUCCAGCGCAAAAAAGAAGAAGGAGAAGAAGCAGGAUUUUCAGAAAGCGAAGCUCAAAGUCGGCAAGACAAAGCCCAAGGCAUCGAAUUUUACGGACACUAGUUUCAGUUCUAAAGCUAUCGUUGUAAACCAGCAAUCUCUUGCCGCAAAUGCACCAACUCAAGCCGCGCUGUUCAAUCAUCACCUCUCUUUGCUUACGCACCGCUCUGACACACAGCGACGAGAAUCUCUUUCAUUCCUGACGACUGCACUUUCUACGCGACCUGUUCACACACCCCCGCCGCAGCCAUUUGGGGUCAUACUUCCGAAACUUUUCCCACUCGUGCUCGAUGGUUCUGGCGGCGUUCGGCAGCAGCUCCUCAAGUUAGUGAAAUGUUUAUCGGGUGAUGAGGUCGAUGACCAUGUCGAUGAAAUUCUUCUCUACAUUCGGGCCGGGAUGACGCACCUGGCUCCCGACAUCCGAAGUUCGUCGCUCGACCUGCUCGAAUGGCUUUUAGAUGUGUCAGGAUUGGAAGUAGUAUCAUGUGCGGGAGGGUGGGUGAAAACGUUACAAUGCUUCCUGGCACUGCUGGGAUGGCGGGUGGAGACUGGUACAGCGUCGAAGUGGACAUCGACGUCCACGUCGUUGGCAGGGACAGCGAAGCCGACUUUUGGAAAGGCGGGAUCAGACGGCAAAUACCUAGUGAAGAAAUUGCAUGCGCUGGCACUUUUCCUCCGUACGGGCCUUCUCCCGCCAACGGAGGAUGGAUUGAUAGGAAAACAAGACAUCAUAACGUUUCCACUCUGGCAAACAGAGCAGCAUCUUUUACCGAAGCGCUCGGCAUGUUUCGCUCACCUGAACCUCUUUGGCGCACCACGAGACGAAGAAAGUGAGAUGUACGAGGACAGAGAAGAUCGGCAGGGCAUUUUUGCUGAGAAGUUCCAGCCGACAAUUGAACGGGGGUUGGACAAUGCGAGAAAGGAAGGCGGUGAGGUAGGACGGGCCGCGGCCAGUGUUCGGAAAGCCGUGUCCGAAGGAAUGGAAGGUUAUUCAAGGGAGUUCUGAAUUUACUACACUCAAAGUCUUCCUGUUCCAGCGCCUGCGAUUGAUUUAAUACUUAUGAUACCCUUUAAAAAAUUAUAAGAAGCGUCAUCAAGAGGGGUGUUUUAAUGGCCCAGAGUGAAGCGGCUCUUGUCUUUCGUGGGUGACAACAGCCCAGUAAGUAGAACUGUAAAACCUAUCUGGGGAUGCUUUGAUGCAAUUUAAUAUAAUCUUUAAAACAAACGUAUCUAUAUCAUG